AAAUCAAAAACAGUUCAUCAGAUCUCAAUGUAAUUAAUCAAACAUGUAUGGGGUGUGCUAAAGAAAUAAGCAUUAUCCAAGUAGGUUCCUUCUCACAACUAUGAUCCAUGGCUAACAUCUUGGUGUGGGAUGCUGCAGUCUACACAGGUCUAGUGGGGUUCAUGCUACUGGAGUUAAAUUGUAAUUCCAAACAAAUCUUUCACAUUGCAUGUAAUUUCUUCUUUUUUUGUUUUGUUUUUGUUUUAGAAAGUGGUAAGGUCUCAGGUGCUUUAAUUACACUUUAUCUUGUUUAUGUUCCCAGAGAAAUUAAAAAGCCAUACCUCAAUGACCCAUGUUAAAUAAUUAUUUUUGUUAUAUUGUUGCUGUACAUAUGUUUGCAUUUUUAAAAAAUGUAUGGACUUGACUGACAUGUUCCCUCUGGUCUUACUUUCUUUGAUAAAGCCAAUUUAUUCAAUAGUUUAUCUACACUGAAUUUUAUUUUCUUAUAGAAGUGAGAGGGAGAAUGACAGAUGACUGUUGAGCUUCAGAUGAAACAAUCAAACUGUAUUUCUGAGCACAAUGUGUAGUGUUCUCAUGUCACAACAACAGCAUAGCCUUUCCAGGGAAAAUUAGGGAUAUUGCAGCAGAGUACAAGGAGUUUUAGCAGUCAGUUUGUGCAUCAGCACUAUCAAUUAGGAAAUUAAGCAUACACCAGUCUAGUAGCAGCCCAAUAAAAUGGGUCAGGCAAACUGCUAAAGAUGCCAGUGAUGUCCCUUGGAUAUGAUAUGCAUAUUUGCAUGAGAGGGCAAAUGUACAAUUAGAUUAAAAAUGGUGAUGCUUUUGUUGAUGGUGCCUGAAGGGCACUUUGGAUGCACUCGCUGUUAGUAAUCCAUGCUCAGCCACAGAGUUAUUUAGACAGUUUAUCGAUCAAUUACAAUAAGGGGGUCAACAGCAUUAAAACACAGUAAAACCGCCACACAGUCAAUGCCCAGCAAUGUAUCAACAAAACCCAUGUGACUGAUCAGAAACAAGAAACAGGAGGCGUUUGUUUCCCACACUGAGAGAGCCCGCCGGUGUACCACACUCAGCAGAUCCCUCUCAAGCGCUACGCCGGGAGACUCAAGCAGCCUGCAAGAGAAACAGCGAGGAGGGUGAGAGAGGAAAAAAAGGAGCGACGGAGAUGGCGAGUCUAAACAUGGAGCCGACACCGCUGCUGCUGCGGCUGCUGUGGCUGCUGUGGCUCCUAACCGCACAAACCACCACGGUCCGGGGUCUGAACGGCGACGAUGACCAGAGCCAGGACACCGAGUGCAAGAUGAAGAGCGUCACCGUGUCAGCGCUGCCGUUUCUGAGGGAGAACGACCUGAGCAUCAUGCACAGCCCGUCGGCCUCCGAGCCCAAGCUGCUAUUCUCCGUCAGGAACGAUUUUCCAGGGGACAUGGUGGUGGUGGACGACCUGGAAAACACCGAGCUCCCAUUCUUCGUCCUGGAGAUAUCUGGGAACUCCGAGGACAUCCCUCUGGUACGGUGGCGGCAGCAGUGGCUGGAGAACGGCACACUUCUUUUCCACAUCCACCAUCAGGACGGCAGUGUGAGCCUACCUGAACCAACUGAAGACCCAGCCAAUGAUUCCACGAAGGAAGAGCUGCGCAUACUCCACAUCUCUGUUAUGGGUGGAAUGAUUGCCCUUCUGCUGUCCGUCCUGUGCCUCGUCCUCAUCCUGUACACUCGCAGGCGCUGGUGUAAGAGACGUCGCAUUCCUCAGCCCCAAAAGAGUGCCAGCGCUGAGGCGGCUAAUGAGAUACACUACAUCCCAUCAGUGCUGAUGGGAGGCCAGGCACGGGAAAGCCUAAGGAACUCCAGGGGUCAGGGGCCAAACUCUGGUGGCACCCUCAGCAUCCGGGAGACACCGAUUUUGGACGGGUAUGAGUACGACAUUACAGACCUGCGUCACCAUUUGCAGCGAGAGUGCAUGAACGGCGGGGAGGAAUUCGCCAGUCAAGUCACCCGUACCUUGGACUCCCUUCAGGGCUGCAAUGACAAGAAUAAUAUGGACCUCACACCAGUGAAUGACAACACCAAAUUGGCCCUGAUGAACAAAUACAAGGAUAACAUCAUUGCCACGAGCCCGCUGGACAGCAAUCAUCAGCAAAACACCCUGCUACCACACAACACGUCUACCAGCCAACGCAAGCGCCUCUCCAGCAACACCCGAGCGGGUUCAACUUUCUUGAACCCAGACGGGGACUCUGGGACGGAGGCAGACAGCGAGCCUCAGAUGGCCUUUUACACUGACCCAAACCGCAGUCGGCGCCGGAGUCGAGCAGGUUCCCCGCGGAGUCCCAUCAAUAAGACCACCCUGACUCUGAUCAGUGUCAUCAGCUGCGUGAUCGGCCUGGUUUACUCCUCUCACCUCGCCUGCAGCCUCUCAGUCCGAGUAAUCUUACAUGUGCCGGAGCACCUCAUAGCUGACGGAUCAAGGUUCAUUCUGCUCCAGGGGAGCCAGUUGGAUGCUUCAGAUUGGCUCAACCCAGCCCAGAUCUUGUUAUACUACCAGCAGAAUGCCAGUGGACCUUGGAUCAAUGAGCUGUGCGGACGACGCCUACUGGAUCCUUGCGAACACCAGUGUGACCCAGAGACAGGGGAAUGCCUUUGCCUUGACGGCUACAUGAAGGACCCAGUCCACAAACAUCUUUGCAUCCGCAGUGAGUGGGGGCCCAAUCAGGGUCCUUGGCCUUACACCAUCUUCCAGCGUGGUUUUGAUCUUGUGAUGGGCGAACAACCAUCUGAUCGCAUUUUCAGAUUUACAUACACCCUUGGGGAAGGAAUGUGGCUUCCUCUGAGCAAAAGCUUUGUCAUCCCUCCUGCUGAGCUCGCCAUCAACCCAUCAGCUAAAUGCAAGACAGACAUGACAGUAAUGGAGGAUGCAGUAGAUGUAAGAGAGGAGCUGAUGAUCAGUUCUUCCUUUGACUCUUUGGAGGUUCUUCUGGACUCUUUCGGACCUGUCAGAGAUUGUACCAAAGAUAACGGUGGCUGCAGCCGCAACUUCCGCUGCAUAUCCGACCGAAAGCUCGAUUCCACCGGCUGUGUGUGCCCUCCAGGGCUGAGUCCAAUGAAGGAUGGGACCGGAUGCUAUGACCACCACAUUGGCAUCGACUGCUCUGACGGCUUCAACGGUGGAUGCGAGCAGCUGUGCCUCCAACAGCUGGCACCUCUAGAGGAUGACCCAACACUCUACAAUAUCCAGAUGUUCUGCGGGUGCAUUGAGGACUAUAAGCGUGGUCCUGAUGGGAGGUCAUGCUUGCCUCUGUCUGAAGCCUGCACUGAAGGUGUGGACUGUGGUGAAGCAACAGACAUCCCUGCCAAUCAGACCAUCUUUGGAGACCUCUUCUAUGGCUAUAACAACCACUCCCAGGAAAGCACUUCUGGUCAAAUACUGAAGGCCACGUUCAGGCAAAAGAACUUUGCCCGAGGCAUUGAGCAGCAUCUCCCAGAUGGCAUGGUGGUGGCAUCGGUGCCAACAGAGGUUCAGUGCCACGAGGAGCUGUCAGACCCUGUGCCUGACCCAGAAUACCUCACGGGUAUGGUGAACUACAGUGAGGUGUCUGGUUAUCCCCUUGUCCAGCAUUGGAGUCUACGUUCUGUGUUGUACCAUGUCAAACUCAACCAGUGGGUCCUGUCUCAAGCUUUCAGCUCCGCCAUCCAUUCUCUAGACGGGGCAACACAGCGGAGCGAUUUCGUCUCUAUCCUGAGGGAGUUUGGGAACCACUACGUGCAGGAGGCUGUUUAUGGCUUCCAGGAGUCCUGUACCAUCUGGUACCCCAACAAACAAGUCCAGAGACAGCUGUGGCUGGAGUACCAGGACAUCAGCAAAGGUAACUCCCCUUCAGAGGAGUCCGAGGAGCGAGACAAGGAGCCCAGGACGUUGACUUACCCCGCGUACAUUGCAAGCCUUCUAGACACGGGCACUAAACGCAUGGCGGCUGGCGUCAGGAUGGAGUGUAACAGCCAGGGCCAGUGCCCGCGCUCCUGUCACCUCUGCCACAUGAGUCCCAGGGCGGCACAGGGGCGGCAGCAGUCUGAACCUGUCCUCCUGAAGAUCACCAAAGCUGCACCCAUCUACGAAUUAGUGUCCAACAAUGAGACCUAUCAGUCUCUUCAGGAGGCGAUGAUGAGCAUGCUGUGGUGCUCAGGCAAAGGCGACGUAAUUGAUGACUGGUGUCGAUGUGAUUCCAGCGCGUUUGGCGCUGACGGACUUCCCACCUGCGCCCCGCUUCCUCAACCCAUGUUGAAGCUGUCUUAUACCUAUGAGCCCAGCAGCUCAUUGGUCAUCAUGGAGUGGAACCACACAGAGCCACCAAUCGGCGUACAAAUUGUUGAUUACCUCAUCAGCCAGGAGAAGGUGACAGAGAGGAUGGACCACUCUAAACUUGAGACAGAAACCCUCUUAAGCUUUGUGGAUGACAUCCUGUCUGGGGCCAGGUCUCCAUGUGUGAUGCUAGGGGACAUCCCAAACCUGCUUUCUUCCUCCAUCAGUCUUAUAAUUCGCUGCCUGGAGCCCGACACCACAUACAUGUUCCGUCUGUGGGCUGUAGACAAUACAGGACGUCGUUCCAGUCCAAGUGAGGUCACUAUCAAAACCCCUUGUCCAACUGUGGAUGAUGUCAAAGCACAGGAAAUUGCUGAUAAGAUCUACAAUCUGUUCAAUGGCUACACAAGUGGGAAAGAACAGCAGACUGCCUACAACACUCUCAUGGACCUGGGCGCUCCCACACUGCACCGUGUGCUUUACCACUACAACCAGCGCUAUGAGAGCUUCGGAGAAUUCACCUGGAGGUGUGAGGAUGAGCUUGGACCUAGAAAAGCAGGCCUCAUCCUCUCCCAGCUUGACGGGCUCUCUCUGUGGUGUAAAGGUCUCCUGCAGGAGCCGAAGAUCGGUCUUCGCAGGAUGUCCCUCAAGUUCCUGUCCUGCCGUUACACCGACACCAAAGCAUUUGGGCUCAGCUGGUCAGAGAUGGGCCAGGACGUGCACAAGGCCUGUGACGAGCAGACACUCACUGUUAUGUAUAAUGAUUACGGUGAGCCCAAGGAGCUCUAGAGGUUUGAGUUUCAGUUUGGAUCAGCACAGUUUCCCACUACCCAGAAAACACAAGUUUUACAUAGCUGGCCAUGCAGCUGUGAAUCAAGUCUUAUUCCUAAAUGCUACACAUUAUUUGAAAUACCAUUUACCUGAUUUACCUUGUUUACAAUACCAGCAUCAGAAACAAUGUACUAAUCAUGUUAACUGUCAUUACCACUGUUCUGUAGCACCUCAUAGUCCAGAACAUUUUGCCAAGGUGUGAGGUUUACUACUCCCUUUCACUGAAGAGUAAAAAGUUAAGAAAUAUCUUAUGAUGAAAUUGUGGGAAGAGCAACAGUGGCCUCUACAAGUCUGAACUUGAACUUUUAGCUAAAUAAGGCAUUAAUGUUUUGUGGGAAGGAGCUGACAAGAAAGAGCCAUACUUUUAUAUUCCAGGUAUUUUAAACACUUUAAAUACAUCAGUUUUCUUCAAAGACACUAGAAUUAUCAAACCUGAUCUUAAUGAAAGUGAUGCUCGUAGCAAGCACCUACCACAUAUUGAAAAAACUGAAGACUGGAAAGAACAGACAAACGUUCUUUACCUUGCAUUGUGGCGAGUUACUUUUCGUUUGCACAAUCACACUUAUAGAACAGCUAAUGUGGAGUAUUACACAGAUGCAUCUCAAUACAUUAGAAUAUAAUUAAAAAGUUUAUUUAUUUUGGUAAUUCAAUGCAAAAAGAAGCAUACAGAUUUGUAUUUUAAGUGUUUAUUUCUGUUAAUUUUGAUGAUUAUAGCUUACAGCUAAUGAAAUCAGUUUUUAGCAGAUUCCAAAAUUACCAAGGAGCAGUAAAAAAGUGUUUGAAAACAGAAAUGUCAGCCUACUGAAUUGUAUGACCAUGUGCUGUACAGUACAUGCAUUCAAUAGUUGGUAGGGGCUCCUUUUGCAUUAAUUGUUGCAUCAUAGUGAUGUGGCAUAGAUAAUAUCUGACUGGGGCUCUGCUUAAAGAUUGUUAAGGAAGUCUUGAUUGCUCUAAUAGAAGCCUUGAACUUGACUGCAUUGUUGGAUUUGGUGACCCAUACGUUUUCUGCUUAGCUUAAGUAAGGUCCUUCUGUGGACAUUCCUUCACUAUCCUCUUCAGGCUGCUGUUAUCCCUGUUGUUUUGUUCACUUUUAAUCACCAAACCUUUUUCUUCCACUCAACAUUCCAAUAAUAUCUUUGGAUACUGCACUCUGCUUUAGCUGAACAAUUUUCAGUCAAUCAGCAGUUUUCUCCAUAAUAAUGUCAUGCAUUACAUGACUAUUUUGUAUGAAACUUUUUUUACUUGAUCUUGAUGAAUUGAUAAAAGCAAUUUCCUGAGAAACUGAAUCUUGGGAUUUUAUUAGCUUUAAGCCAUAAUAAUAUAAAUUAUUCAAAAUAAAUGCUUGAACUGUAUGACUAUAUGUGGGUAAUAGGUAUACAUAAUGUGCACGUUUACCUUUUUCAACUGAAUUGCUAGAAUAAAUAACCUUUUUGAUAAUAGCUUAAUUUAUUGAGGUGCAUCUGUGUGUCUGAAACAGUCCUGAAGUGUCCCUGAAAAGAACAUUUUUCAUCUGAUGGGUCUCUGCAUAAAACCAUACUGGUAGAAAAGCAAAGUAAAGAAAGUAGAUGGGUAGAAACAGCAAGCAGUGCUCUGUGUGGAAUUAUUUUAGAGAUGUAAAAAAAGGUUUACACUGUACAUAACAUUAUCCAGAUUUUUUAGCGACAAUAUAUAACCCGAAUGUAGUGUUGAUACUUUUCAUUUAGAAAUAAGAUUGUUGUAAACUAUUUGUUUGAAAUAACAUCAAUCCAAGACAGACUGACUUGCUGCAGUAAUAAUUUUUAAAAACAUUGAAAUCUUAAUCAAUUUAAUGAUCUCAUAUAUUUGUUACAGAGUCAAGUUUAACCUGCAGUAAAACAACAGGUUCUUAAUGUUUUUGUCAUUUUAAAACAUUUGUUCUGGAAAACAUCUCAUUUGUGUUUAAAACAACAUGUUUACUUUUCUUUGACUUCAUUUGUAAUGGUAAUUAAUCAGUCUGAGGACCAUGUCGAUGAUUGAUGUCGGUAAAAUAUUUCUUUUUUUUUUCUUUUUAAAAAAUCUAAUAUGUGAAUACUAAAAAACUGCUUGUAGAUUUUUGUAUAGACGGUAUUACAUAAUUACAUCACAUUUUAAUAUUUUACUCCUGUAUAGACAAUAUACUCCUGGCGAUAUUUUACAGCAUUGACGUGUGCUUUAGUAGAUAGAUACAAUAUUGUACCAUUGUAUAAGCUGUGUAUUGUAGUUUUUGCAAGGUUAAUGCACUGAGUUGUUCCUUCAUGUGAGUGAUCUGAUUGUAAUUUGAAAACAUUGACUUUGGGAGUGGUUUAGGGCGAAAUGACGCGCAGUAACAAGUCAGAGAUCCGUUUUUAUCUUGAAAUGUUUCCAAUCUGCAUGAAAUCCUGUUUAUACUAUGUGUGGCAUUUAUCUUUGAUACUUUCAGAAAGACUAAGAGGCUAGACAACACCCUCAAUUAUGUUUUUGACAGAUUCACAUGUGCACUAAUGCCUUGUCUAUCAGAUCUUUAAUUUAUGUUCUACAAAUAUUCCUGCUCCUGUGUUACACUCAGCUUUCUGUCACAGUGUUGAGACUAGCUUUACCAAUUGUUGCUGUAGCUCUGGUCCCAGUGCUCAGACUGCUGUCCAAAUGUUUCAUUGAAAUAAAAUAAUCCUUUAAAAUGUG